GGGACCACAGCACUGUCGGCGUUAGCGCUACUGAUAACUUAUGUGCUUGAGCUUCUUGUUUUUUCUCGUAGAAAUCAAACUUUUUUUAGACGAAUACUGGUUAAUCGGCCUUCUCACUUCGCCCUGAGACUGCAUUUACUGACCGGGUCGUCUCUGUUUUUACGAAGUGCCACGCGGAGUGAGAGGACCUCCGUCACGGAUAGAAAGCCAAGCCAAGGGGUAUCCUUAGCUCCGCAGCUAACCAUUUGAGCCGUUCCCUCCGCGCUGUAUGUGCGGCAAUAAUAUGUCAGCGCCUUUAUCUGCUUCCAUUGUGCCUGCCGCCCGAAAAGCCACUGCAGCGGUGAUAUUCCUGCAUGGCCUUGGUGAUACCGGGCAUGGCUGGGCCGAUGCUUUCCAAAGCUUGAGUAUACCACAUGUGAAAUGCAUCUGUCCACAUGCUCCUUCGAUGCCCGUGACCCUGAAUAUGAGAAUGGUGAUGCCAUCUUGGUUUGAUAUUUAUGGAUUAAAUUUCAAUACAAGCGAAGAUGAGGUUGGGAUUAAAAGAGCUUCAGAGAACAUUAAGGCUUUAAUAGAUCAAGAAGUAAAAAAUGGGAUACCGUCUCAUAGGAUUCUCCUUGGUGGAUUUUCACAGGGUGGUGCACUGUCUCUUUACACGGCUCUGACUACUAACCACAAACUUGCUGGAGUACUGGCUCUGAGCUGCUGGUUGCCUCUCCAUGACUCUUUCCCUCAGGCCUCUGCCAAUAGUGUGAACAAGGACAUGCACGUGCUGCAGUGCCAUGGCAAUGCUGACCCUGUUGUUAAUUAUGCUUUCGGCAAAAUGACAGCAGAGAAGAUGCAAACCCUUAUCAACCCAGCCAACUACACUUUUAAAACCUAUCCGGAUCUUUCUCACUGCUCCUGUCCUAAAGAAAUGUCGGACAUAAAGCAUUUCAUAGAGAAGACCCUUCCUCCCAUCGGUAAUGAAUGAAGAGGGCCGUGUGCGCACACACACUUAGUACCAUCAGCACCCUCAACUGAGAACCUGUGGACCCAAGAACUCACUGAACAAGUGGACAGUGAAACCGCGCUUCUGCUAAUCAAACCGGAAUAAAUACAAGACUACGAUUACUCCUCCAGAAAGACAAGACUGUGGGUGACGCCGUAACCCGAAGCCACACACGAUCUCAGACUCUGCUUGUCGAUUGUAUCCGCCAUCAGAAGCCAUUAUCUGCAGGACAAAUGUAGGGCUUUGCAAUUUGGGUAAACAAUUAUCAAUAAAAGGUUAUUAUUGAUUUUGUUAAUGCAGUGUGUGUAGUUCAACUAUUGUAAUGAUUGAAAUAUCUCUAAACUUGGAGCUGAUUUCUUGUUUUUUGAGAAUUUAUUAGGUGAGAAAAGUAAUUGAAAAGAACUGUUUUGCGAUUAUUUGCUUGGGGUGAUCAGUAUAUGAAGUGGAUGUACUAUUUUUGCGUAAUCUUUAGAAUAUGUAGGCAUAAUGCCUUGAAUGCAACCUAAUAUGCAAGUUGUAAACAUAUCACAUGAAACAAGGAUACAAUUGUGCUUUAUUUCAUUUGUAAUAAUUAAAAUAACUAGUCGACAUAACUCCCUUUUUAAAUACAUAAAUAUAUCAGUGGUCA